AUGGCUACCGACCAGAAUAUGGCAACUUUACUGGAAUUGGUAGAUUCACUUCCAGCGAGUGAAGGUGAUACAAAAGUAGUGUUGGAAGUAAUAUUGGACCCUCUUUUCGAUAUUGAGAAAAUACCAAGCUCACAAGACAACAAAUUGAGUUUUAUGAAAUCUCAAAAAAAUUCAUUAAAACUCAAAGACAAAGAGAGUGACAUAUUUAAUCAAAUUCAGAAAUUGGGCAAUUUCUUAAACUCAAACAGUGAUAACAAACCAGAUUCCUCAUCAGAAAAACCAGUAAGUGAGAAUACUUCAAAUGAACCAACAACAGAGAAAGAAAAACCCUCAGAAAGUCCAACUACAGAUAAGCCAAUAGAUAAACCAACAGAUAAGCCAACUGAUAACCCAACAGAUAAGCCAACUAAUAACCCAGCAGAUAAGCCAACUGAUAACCCAACAGAUAAACCAACUAAUAACCCAACAGAUAAGCCAAAUAACCCAACAGAUAAACCAACUAAUAACCCAACAGAUAAACCAACUAAUAACCCAACAGAUAAGCAGCCAGCUGAUAAACCAACUGAUAAGCCAACUGGUAAGCCAGAAGACAAACCAACCGAUAAACCCGCAGACAAGCCAACUGAUACUGAUAAACCAAAAGACAAACCAACAGAAACUGAUAAACCAAAAGACAAGCCAACUGAAACUGAUAAACCAAAAGACAAACCAACUGAAACAGACAAACCAACCGAUAAACCCGCAGACAAGCCAACAGAAACUGAUAAACCAAAAGACAAGCCAACAGAAACUGAUAAACCAACAGAAACUGAUAAACCAAAAGACAAGCCAACUGAUACUGAUAAACCAAAAGACAAGCCAACAGAAACUGAUAAAUCAAAAGACAAACCAACUGAAACUGAUAAGCCAAAAGACAAGCCAACUGAUACUGAUAAACCAAAAGACAAACCAACUGAAACUGAUAAACCAAAAGACAAGCCAACAGAAACUGAUAAGCCAACAGAAACUAAUAAGCCAACAGAAACUAAUAAGCCAACAGAAACUGAUAAGCCAACAGAAACUGAUAAGCCAACAGAAACUAAUAAGCCAACAGAAACUGAUAAACCAAAAGACAAACCAACUAAUAACCCAACAGAUAAACCAAAUAACCCAACAGAGAAGCCAACUAAUAACCCAACAGAUAAACCAACUGAUAAGCCAACAGACAAACCGCAUGAACAUAAGCAUAAAAAAGAUAAAAAGAAUAAAGAUAAAAAGCCUACCGACAAACCAACUGAAAAGCCAACUGAUAAACCAACAGAAAAGCCAACAGAGAAACCAACAGACAAACCAACAGAAAAGCCAAUUCCAAAACCAUUUGAACCACCUUCUCAAUCAAACUCACCAAAACCAAACCCAACUACAAAUCCUGAAGGAACAAUAACAGGUUUUAUUCCAUCUGGUCCACCAACACACACUCAGUUACCAGAUGCUACGGGAACUAUAACAGCUUUUAUUCCAACUGGUCCUUCUCCUCAACCCCAAUCAGCUCAACCAUUCACUCCAAGACCAACACUUGACAAUACUCCUCCAAGAGAAAUUCCAACCAGGUCACCCAAUCCAAAUGUUCCAAAGCCAGGAGAGCAAUACCGUUGUGGAAUUGAAUUAAGACAAACCAUUCUGAAAAAUCUCACAACGCCAGCUCUUUUCUUAAAGAGUUUGGAAAUUAUAAACUUUGAACCGUUCGCUCAUAGAACCAUUACAGUUCUCAAGCGAACAUACUAUAGUGUACCUGGAAAUUCAUUGAAUAUCAAUAUCGAGACUGUCUGGGAGACUGGAACUCCUCAACCAGAAGGACUACUGGAGAGAAUCGUCUACAUUGGAAACAGUGAACCCGAUGACUACUAUGUUAUAUGUGAUGAUAUCAUUCACCGUCCAGUUCCACCUACCUAUUCACCAGCGGUUGUUCCAACACCAGUGGUCAACCCCGUUCCAAUCCCCACUCGUGCUCCUCCACCCAACGAUGUAAACACCAAAUGCUCCCUGUUCUACAAUGAAAAGAGAAUUGGAUUCAUUCGUACUGGAUUCUCUGUCAGUAUUAUCUGGUGGGUUGAGAUUAUCAACCAAGGAAGUACACCAAUCACCAGUUUGGAUAUCAGCUUCGAAGAUCCAGUUACCAAUGUCAAUGGAUUGGUUCCAACACCGAACAGUCCACUCACAUUCUCUCUACCAAGAGGUGUUAUCAUCCGACCGGGUAGUUUCUUCUCAUUCACCUACUUCUCUCAGGGCACAGAGAUGUCACCGAUCAGAUUUUCCAACUACCCAGACAGCUGUCAUGGUUCACAACCUAAGGACAACGCCAACUCCCAAAUGCAAUGCAAGGCAACACUGACUCAACAAAAGACAGCAAGCGGAGUGGUGAACGGUCGUCGUAUAACCAGUUGGGCAGUGGUGGUAAUCAACACCUCGCCAAGCGGCACCAGACUCUACGAUGUCACCAUGUCAAUCGGUGACCGUAUCAACUCCGCACAAGGCAUAGAAUAUGGAAGCAAACCAAGAGACGAAGUCAUCCACUUCCCACAACAGAUAAGAUCGCUCGGUUUGAGUUCCGGCGAAUCAUAUGUAUGGUACUACAGUAAAGAUGGUUUGGACCAAGCACAAAUCAACCUAUUAUCAACCAACUGUGUACCAGAAUAUUAUUCAGAUGUUUAG